AUGGAUUUUGAAAUAUCCAAGCUUUUCAUAGAAUUUCAGGAGUCUGGAUCUUUGUUUCUAAUACUUUCCACUGCAGUUGCAGUUGCAGUAGGUUUAGGAUUAUUUCUUCUUCAUGGUAGAGGGAAGAACAUACCUCCUGGAAGUGUAGGCCUGCCUAUAAUAGGGGAGACCCUUCAAUUUCUGAGAGCAUAUAGAGAAUUCCGCCACAAGGAAUGGAUACAAGAAAGGAUUACAAAAUAUGGGCCUGUCUUCAAGACCUCAUUAAUGGGUUCCCCCACAGUUGUCCUUACUGGUGAAGCUGGUAACCGUUUUCUCCUCCAGAUUGACUACAACAUCAUGAUUACCAAGCAGCCCAAAUCUGUGUCAAGGAUUGUGGGGAGGACCAACAUUCUUGAACUUUGUGGAGAUGAGCACAAAAGGAUGAGAAGUGCUGUCAUGAGAUUUCUUAAACCAGAUGUCUUGAAGAAAAAUGUGGGCAAAACAGAUGCGUUUUUGAGACAACAUUUUGCUGAGUGUUGGGAAGGAAAGGAGAGUAUAAUUGUGUUGCCAUUGAUGAGGCAGCUUGCCUUCAAAUUUGCCUGUCAUUUGGUUUGCGGUUUGAGCGACACCAAUGAGAGGGAAGCACUUCGCCAGGAUUUUCUUACAGCCAUUAAGGGUAUGUGGUCUCUUGCCUGGAAUAUACCAGGGACCACUUUUAGCAGGAGCUUAAAGGCUCGUCAUAGGAUUAUAAAGCGUUUAUCGUUAAUCAUGGAAGUGAGGAAGCAGGAACUGCAACAAGGAAAGGCUUCUCCUCAACAAGAUUUAUUGUCAUGUUUGCUUACUAUGGAGGAUGAUGGUGAUGUUAAAGCACUUACGGAAGAGGAGAUCAUGGACAAUAUCAUAGCCCUCCUCAUAGCUGGCCAUGACACUACUGCUACUCUUCUAACCCAUAUUGUUAGAACCCUGGCCCUGCAUCCAAAUAUCUACCAAAACGUUCUUGAUGAACAAAUGAAGAUUGUGGCAGAGAAACCACCAAAUGAGAGCCUUACAUGGGAAGACAUGCAAAAGAUGAAAUACACAUGGAAGGUAGCACAAGAAACUGCUCGCUUGACGCCACCACUUGUUGGAGGUUUCAGAAAAGCAAUCAAAGAUGUUGAAUAUGAAGGUUAUACUAUUCCCAAAGGAUGGCAGCUGUUUUGGGUGACUAGUACUACUCACAUGGAUGAUGAAAUCUUCAAAAAUGCAAAAGCUUUUGAUCCAGCUCAUUUUGAUAAAGCUAUUCCCCCGUUUAGUUAUACAGCGUUCGGAGGAGGAUCUCGCUUUUGUCCCGGAUAUGAUUUUGCAAAACUGGAGGUGAUAGUAUUUGUGCAUCAUCUUGUUUGCAAAUAUAAGUGGUCAUUGGUAAAUCCUGAUGAAAAGAUUAUUGGCAAUCGUAUGCCUAUCCCUGCUAUGGGCUUGCCAAUUAAACUUCAUCCAAAGGAGAACAUUUAAAUUUAAGUUUAUGUAUGAAUGUUGAGUAAGAAUU